GUUUCGAAACUUGGAACACACGUCAGGGAUAAGACUGACUGAGAGAGAAUCCGUUUGUUUGUGGUGGCAAAGCGGGAGAAGCAAAGAGAGGGCAAGCGUGUUGAUUGAUUGACUGUAUGAUAGAAGAUGGCUGGAAAUGGAAUUGGAAUUGGAAUUGGAAUAUUGGAGGGUACAUCGGAGGAUCUUUGGCGAGGGAGCUUUUACGGUACUUGGGGCACCCUUUUGGUUCUCCUCUUCAUUUCAAUUUGUCAUCUCUUCUCUUCCCUUCUCUCCCGCUUCCGAACCUCGCCUCCUCUCCCACUCCUCGCUGAUGCCCACGACGCCUCUCCUUCGCCUCCUCCACAAAUUACGGAGGCUAUAUCAGAUACAGAUUUGAAGUCUUUAUUGGAUAACUUGGAUGGAAAGCUCAAUGAGAAUGAGAAAUGGGAAAGUGUAGUAGAAAAAAGUAAUAAUCUUCUUUCAUACAGUGCUAAAUGCUGCAAGCCUAAGGAUGGUCCCUUGAAAUACUUGAGUGUGACAAUAUUUGAAAAUUGCUGUCCUAAAUUGUUGAGAGACUUCUACAUGGACAGUGAUUUUAGAAAACAGUGGGACAAUACCAUACUUAUGCACGAGCAGCUACAAGUGGAUGAAAUCAGUGGAAUUGAAGUCGGUCGCACCUUAAAAAAGUUUCCUUUAUUGAUGCCCAGGGAGUAUAUUCUAUCAUGGAGAUUGUGGGAGGGGAAAGAUGAAACGUUUUACUGCUUUACCAAGGAAUGCGAACAUCCUUCGGCACCACAACAAAAGAAGUAUGUCCGAGUGACGUUUUUCAGAUCUGGUUGGCGAAUCAGGAGAGUAUCCGGCAGAAAUGCAUGUGAGAUCAGUAUGCUGCACCAAGAAGAUGCUGGUUUGAAUGUGGAGAUGGCAAAACUUGCAUUUGCAAAGGGCAUCUGGAGCUUUGUAUGUAAAAUGGAUAAAGCUUUACGCAACUACGCUCUAACCGAUAAACCUCUGUCAAGUUCACUUGUCACUGCAGUUACUCUGAUUAAGAAGGUUCCAGAUGGAAUUGAGGACAUGAAUGGCAUGAUCUCUAAAGCAGUAAACACUGUAAGAACCGAGUCCGAGUUUGAGGCCGAGUCCUGUGGACAAAAUUCUUUGGGGGGGAGAAAAUUCUCGAAGGCAUCGAAAAAACAGGUGGCGAAAGGUUUGCUUCUACUUGGUGGUGCGAUCUGCCUAUCGCGGGGUCACUCUAGUCUCGGUGCCAAAGUUGUGAUGGCAUAUAUUCUUACAAAGCUAAGUAAGCGAGCAAAUGCACCAAGAGGUGAAAUAGAGAGCCGUAAUUGUAUAACAUAGUUUAGGCUAUGAUUUUAAUUUUCUUUCAAAGAAAUUACCAGUGGAAAAUUUGCUGUACAGAGUAGGGACUGUUUAAUUUUUGUUAUACAUCAUAUGCUUAAUUUGUCAUUAAAGGUUAAAAGUGAUCUAUUAUCUCUAUGGUCACUUGGUUUA